AUCAUAAAACGAAUACUCUUCACCUAUCCGGCUAUCCCCACCUUCUCUCCCCUGCAUUUUCGAUUUUGUCCGAACAGAGAACCUUUCCAAAACGAUAACAGACUCCCCCGAUCUCUCUCCGUCCCUAUAUUUUCUCUUUUUUUCAACUUAUUUCUACACAUUUUUAGGUUGAUUUUAGCCAUGGCUGCCAGGGAUCACGUCGUUGAUGACCUUUUCUCAUCGUUAAACUCAUCGCCUGCAAGUCCUCAAAUAAAUUUUGGUAGCAAUUCGCCCAAUUUGAUUAGUUUUGAUGACGACGGUGAAGAAGAUUAUGAUAACACCACUACCACUAGUAAACCCCUUAUGGUCUUUGAUCGGUUCUACGACUCUUCAUCGGAAGACGGGCUCUACUCAACUGGAAGUGGCGGUGGUGGUAGUACUGGUGGUGAUAAUUCUCUAGUGCAGGCCGCUGGAAAUCGCCUGGAUUACAUGAUGCAGUAUUUAGACCGGAAGCUAUUGUCAGUGGAUGGAAAGGAUAAUGAACUUAAGCAGGCGUUACCGGAGAUCAUAGGUAGUGGUGGAGGGCGUGGGAUGUUUAAGUUACCGAUUAGGGCUGCCGUACAUCCUGGCCGGCCACCGAGUCUCGAAUUGCGGCCCCAUCCGCUUAGGGAAACACAGGUUGGAUGUUUCCUAAGGAUAUUGGAGGGGACAGCGGAUGGAGGGCAGUUAUGGGCGGGAUCUGAGCGCGGUGUUCGGGUGUGGAAGAUGAAGGAUAUGUAUGCCGCAGGGAUGGGGGAAGAGAACGAUGAGGCGGAGGUACCGUUUCGUGAGUCAGUGAAAACGUCGCCUACGUUGUGUUUGGUGGUUGAUGACGGGAAUAAGGUGGUCUGGAGUGGGCAUAAGGAUGGGAAGGUUAGGUGUUGGAAAAUGUAUCAACCUUCUGAUGAAAUCGAGGUUCCUUUUAGAGAGUGUCUUUCAUGGCAGGCUCAUCGUGGACCUGUUCUAUCGAUGGUCUUCUCCUCCUAUGGUGAUCUAUGGUCUGGAUCCGAGGGUGGUGCAAUAAUUGUGUGGCCUUGGGAAGCCCUUGAAAAGGCUCAAUUGUUAACAACAGAGGAAAAACACAUGGCUUCUUUGACAAUUGAGAGGUCAUACAUUGAUCUCAAGAAUCAAGUUACUUCAAAUGGCAUCUCCUGUAGUAUACUUGCAGCAGAUGUUAAAUAUCUGUUAUCUGAUCAUUCUGGGGGAAAAGUUUGGAGUUCAGGGCCUCUGUCAUUUGCAUUGUGGGAUGCAUACACGAGAGAGUUGUUGAAAGUGUUCAAUAUCGAUGGCCUAGCUGAAAAUUUGACAGCAAUACAGGACCUGACACCAGAAGAAGAAGCAAAGAUGAAAUUUGCAUCUUAUCCUAAAAAAGAAAAACCACAAACUACAAUUAGUUUCUUUCAACGUUCACGUAAUGCAAUCAUGGGAGCAGCUGAUGCUGUUCUUCGUGUUGCAGCCAAAGGAGCUUUCUUUGAAGAUAACCGCAGAAUCGAAGCCUUAAUCAUAACAACUGAUGGAAACAUCUGGACAGGAUCUGCAAAUGGAGUAAUCAUAAAAUGGGAUGCAAAUGGAAACCGAUUGCAAGAAUUCCAAUUUCACCCUCAUCCCAUUCGAUCUUUAUGUACAUUCGGGUUACGGAUAUGGAUCGGGUAUACAAGCGGGUAUCUACAUGUAAUGGAUCUUGAUGGUAGUUUACUUGGAGAGUGGGUUGCUCACAAGACUCCUAUCAUUGAUAUGGCUAUUGGGCCAGGCUAUAUCUUUACAUUGGCCAAUGACGGAGUGACACGUGGAUGGAGUAUAUCCUCCCCUGGGCCCCUUGAUACCAUAUUACUUUCAGAGUUAUCUCGCAAAGAAUCACAAUACACAAAAUUAGAAAAUUUUAGAAUCUUGGCUAGUACAUGGAAUGUAGCAGAAGGAAGAGCAACACAAGACUCACUUAUAUCAUGGCUUGGGUCUGCAGUCAAAGAUGUUGACUUUGUUGCUGUUGGGUUGCAGGAGGUUGAAAUGGGUGCUGGGUUUCUUGCAAUGUCUGCUGCUAGAGAAACUAUGCAGGUAGGUCUUGAGGGAAGCUCUGCUGGACAAUGGUGGCUGGACAUGAUUGGGAAAACCUUGGAUGAAGGUUCAAGUUUUUAUCGUGUUGGUUCUCGACAGCUGGCAGGCAUGCUAAUUGGAGUGUGGGCGAGGAACAAUAUUAGAAGUAAUGUUGGAGAUGUUGAGUUGGCAGCAGUUCCAUGUGGAUUUGGAAAUGCUAUUGGUAAUAAGGGAGGAGUUGGAUUGAGGAUGAGAAUCUAUGGGCGGAUUAUAUGUUUUGUGAACUGUCACUUUGCUGCACAUCUGGAUGCUGUUAACAGACGUAAUGCUGAUUUUGAUCAUGUAUACAAAACAAUGUCAUUCACUCGUCCAUCAAAUCUUCUGAAUACAACAUCAGCUGGUAUGAUUAUGAUGAUGAUGUCAUACCUUUUCUUAUUUUGCUUGCUUGUCACCUCAUCUUAUUCACUUUGGAUUCUCUAUGGUUCUCUCUUUCUGCCCACCUUACUUUUUGCAGCUGGAGUCACUUCUAUGGUUCGUAUUGCAAAUGCUAUGGGUAGCCUGUCUGUGGAUGAGUCGCCAGAGCUAUCUGAAGCAGACAUGGUUGUCUUUUUAGGCGACUUUAAUUAUCGGCUUGACGAUAUAUCUUAUGAUGAGGCACGUGAUUUUAUCUCUCAAAGAAGCUUUGAUUGGCUCAGAGAGAAAGAUCAGUUACAUAUGGAAAUGAAAGCAGGAAGUGUUUUUCAAGGAAUGCGUGAAGCUGUUAUCACAUUUCCACCUACAUACAAAUUCGAAAGGCAUCAACCUGGUUUAGCAGGUUAUGAUUCGGGGGAGAAAAAACGUAUUCCCGCAUGGUGUGAUCGAAUCCUGUAUCGUGACAGCCGUCUGGAUUCAUCAGACACAUGCAAUCUAAACUGUCCUGUAGUUUCUUCAAUUUUGCAGUAUGAAGCUUGCAUGGAUGUGACAGAUAGUGAUCAUAAGCCUGUUCGUUGCAUCUUUAAUGUGGAGGUGGCUCGAGUGGACGAGCCAAAAAGAAGAAAAAUAUUUGGAGAAAUUAUAAAAUCCAAUAAGAAAAUAAGAAAUAUUCUGAAAGAACAAAACAAUGUUCCGGAUACUAUUAUGAGUACAAACAAUAUAAUUCUUCAAGACGAUGAUAAAUCAAUCUUACGAAUCACCAAUAAAUGUGGGGAAGACAAAGCUUUAUUUAGAGUCAUAUGUGAAGGUCAAUGCACCAUUAAAGAUGGAAAACAAGAAUCCGAUCACCAGCCAAGAGGCUCUUUCGGUUUUCCACGUUGGCUCGAGGUGAAACCAACGAGUGGUAUAAUAGAACCGAAUCAUAUAGCAGAGAUAUGUGUUCAUCAUCAAGGAUAUGAAACCAUGGAGGAAUAUGUGGAUGGUGAAGCUCAAAAUAGUUGGUGUGAAGAUGUGCGUGAUAAGGAAGUUAUGUUGAUGGUGGAAGUGAGGAGGGGAAGUUGUACAGUUGAGAAAAAAUGUCAUAGGGUACGUGUCAGGCACACACAAAGCUUGACGGGCAGGUCUAUGCCUAUGGAACCCAAACAUGAGGAGCUGAACCGGGUCCAUGGGAAUGUGCUUCACCGGGCUGAUGCUAAGUGGCUCAGUGGCUCACGUGAUGUGGUUGACCAUAUAAGAGAUCUUCAUACCCCUUGAACUUGUUUUGGUCCAAACAGGGAUUUUUUUUUUUUUUGGGAAUGAGUGAGUGUAACUGUUUAUUAUAUUUUCUUAAUCUUUUUUAUAUUGUUGAGGGUGGGGAUGCCUGAUAUUACUUGUUAAGAUUAGGAGUUUAAUAUUUGGAAGUUGGAGUUGUAUAUAAGCUUUUACAAGCCUCGUAUAUUAAUUAUUAAGAUGAAUAGCAAAUGUGUGUGAGAUUUUUUGAAUAA